ACCCCCAGGCCCCUCAUGAGGCUCUCCACGUUGUUCCUGAGCCUGCUGGCCUUGGUGCUGCAGGAGGCAGGGCCGGCUUCUCUCCCAGAGAAGGAACAGAGGAGGAGCGAGGAGCAGAGCCACUAUGGGGAAAGCGAUCCUUACUCGGAGCUGCAUGUGGGGAGCUACAUGGUGAUCCCGGAUGACUACAGUGAGGUCAUUGACCUCAGCAGCUAUGAGGAGCUGGCUGACUACGGGGACCAGCUGGCUGAGGUUAAGGUAACCAGCCUGGCUCCUCCAACCAGGAUCAGUCCCACCCAGAGCAAGGUGACUCCAAGGACACCCUUGUCAAACCCCACGAUGACCAAGCCUACUCUGCCAGGCCCACUGGGCUCCCCAGCCAGCCAUGGCCUGCCCACCUGCCUGGUCUGUGUGUGCCUUGGAUCUUCUGUGUACUGUGAUGACAUUGACCUAGAGAACAUUCCUCCUCUUCCCCGGAUGACCACCUAUCUGUACGCCCGCUUCAACCGCAUCAGCCGCAUCAGGACCAGAGACUUCAAAGGGCUGACAAAACUGAAAAGGAUUGACCUCACCAGCAACUUCAUCUCCUCCAUUGACAAUGACGCCCUCCGCUUGCUGCCUGCCCUGCAGGAUCUGAUCCUCCCAGAGAACCAGUUGGUGGCUUUGCCCCUGCUGCCCAGUGGCAUCGAGUUCCUGGAUGUCCGCUUGAAUCGGCUCCGGAGCUCGGGGAUACAGCCGGAGGCCUUCAGGGCACUGGAGAAGCUGCAGUUUCUCUACCUGGCAGACAACCAGCUGGACUCCAUCCCCUGGCCUUUGCCUCUGAGCCUGCGCUCACUCCACCUGCAGAAUAACAUGAUAGAGACCAUGCAGACAGACGCCUUCUGUGACCCUGUGGAGCACAGACACACCCGCAGGCCACUGGAAGACAUUCGGCUGGACGGGAACCCCAUCAACCUGAGCCUGUUCCCCAGCGCCUACUUCUGCCUGCCUCGGCUCCCCAUAGGCCGCUUCACCUAG